UGUGAGCAUGCUGGUGAUCCUGCUCAACUGCGUGACGCUGGGCAUGUUCCACCCCUGCGAGGACAUCGCCUGCGACUCCCCGCGCUGCCGCAUCCUGCAGAGCUUUGAUGACUUCAUCUUUGCCUUCUUCGCCGUGGAGAUGAUAGUCAAGAUGAUCGCGCUGGGGAUCUUUGGGAAGAAAUGCUACCUGGGAGACACGUGGAACCGCCUGGACUUCUUCAUUGUCAUUGCAGGGAUGUUGGAGUACUCGCUGGACCUGCAGAACGUCAGCUUCUCAGCGGUGCGCACUGUCCGCGUCCUGCGGCCGCUCCGGGCCAUUAACAGAGUCCCCAGUAUGCGCAUCCUGGUGACGCUGCUGCUGGACACGCUGCCCAUGCUGGGGAACGUCCUCCUGCUCUGCUUCUUCGUCUUCUUCAUCUUCGGCAUCGUGGGGGUCCAGCUGUGGGCAGGAUUGCUCAGGAAUCGCUGCUUCCUCCCUGAGAACUUCAGCAUCCCCUACACAGUGGAUCUGGAGCGGUACUACCAGACCGAGAAUGAGGAUGAGAACCCCUUCAUCUGCUCCCAACCCCGCGAGAAUGGGAUGCGCUACUGCCGGAGCAUCCCGACGCGCAGGGAGGAGGGCCUGGAGUGCACCCUGGAUUACUACGCCUACAACGACACCACCAACACGUCCUGUGUCAACUGGAACCAGUAUUACACCAACUGCUCUGCCGGGGAGCACAACCCCUUCAAGGGCGCUAUCAACUUUGAUAACAUCGGCUAUGCCUGGAUUGCAAUAUUUCAGGUCAUCACACUGGAGGGCUGGGUGGACAUCAUGUACUUCGUCAUGGAUGCACACUCCUUCUACAACUUCAUCUACUUCAUCCUGCUGAUCAUCGUGGGCUCCUUCUUCAUGAUCAACCUCUGCCUGGUGGUGAUAGCCACGCAGUUCUCCGAGACGAAGCAGCGCGAGAGCCAGCUGAUGAAGGAGCAGCGGGUGCGCUACCUGUCCAACGCCAGCACACUGGCCAGCUUCUCGGAGCCGGGCAGCUGCUACGACGAGCUCCUCAAGUACCUGGUGUACAUCGCCCGGAAGGGCAGCAAGCAGCUGGUGGAGCUCUACCGAGUGGCGGGCGUGAGGAUGGGCUUCCUGGCCAGCCCUGCCAGCAAAACGGGGGCUGAGCGGCACGCUGGCAAGCGUCGCUCCAGGAGGAGGAAGUCCUCGGUGCACCACCUCAUCCACCACCACCACCACCACCACCACCACUACCACCUGGGCAAUGGCAACCUGCGGGCGCCCCGCGCCAGCCCGGAGAUCAGCGACGUGGACACCGGCUCUCUCCACAACGGGACCAACCGGCUGAUGCUUCCCCCAUCGGCCCCAAACCCCCACGUGGCUCCCGCCGCCACGGCCAGCGGCACUGAAUCCGUCCAUAGCAUCUACCACGCCGACUGCCACGUGGAGCCGGUGCGCUGCCGGGCGGCCCUCCCGCAGCCGAGCCCAGAGGACAUCCCCAGGAGCGCGGUGAUGGGCAGCAAGGUGUACCCCACCGUGCACCCCAGCACCUCCCAUGAGGUGCGGAAGGAGAAGAGCCUGGGGGAGGCGGCAGCGGGGGCUGGCAGCAGCACGCUGAGUGGGCUGAACAUCCCGCCUGGGCCCUACAGCACCAUGCACAAGCUGCUGGAGACGCAGAGCACGGGGUUCCUUUCAGUCCACGUUACAGAUAAAGGGGAUGGAUUUCGAGGUCCCUGCCCAAGCUCCUGCAAGAUUGCCAGCCCCUGCACCAAGCUGGACGGCAGCUCCCGCAGCCCCGAGAGCUGCCCCUACUGCCUGAAGGCAUUGGCCAACGAGGCCGAGCAGACAGACAACGAGACAGACUCAGACAGCGAGGGUGUGUAUGAGUUCACACAGGAUGCCCACUACAGCGACCAGCGGGACCCACAGCGCGGCCGAGCCUGGGCCAGGAGCAGCAGCCGGGUGCUGGCCUUCUGGCGUGUGGUGUGCGAGACCUUCCGCAAAAUCGUGGACAGCAAAUAUUUCGGCCGUGGAAUCAUGGUGGCCAUCCUCAUCAACACGCUCAGCAUGGGCAUCGAGUACCACGAGCAGCCAGAGGAGCUCACCAAUGCCUUGGAGAUCAGCAACAUCGUCUUCACGAGCCUCUUUGCCCUGGAGAUGCUGCUCAAAGUCCUCGUUUACGGCCCCUUUGGCUACAUUAAGAACCCAUACAACAUCUUUGAUGGGAUCAUCGUGGUGAUUAGCGUGUGGGAGAUCGUGGGGCAGCAAGGCGGGGGGCUCUCAGUGCUGCGGACCUUCCGGCUCAUGCGGGUUCUGAAGCUGGUGCGCUUCAUGCCAGCCCUGCAGCGGCAGCUUGUUGUCCUCAUGAAGACCAUGGACAACGUGGCCACCUUCUGCAUGCUGCUGAUGCUCUUCAUCUUCAUAUUUAGCAUUCUGGGGAUGCACCUCUUUGGCUGCAAGUUCGCUUCCGAGCGGGACGGCGACACUCUGCCCGACAGGAAGAACUUCGACUCCUUGCUCUGGGCCAUCGUCACUGUUUUCCAGAUUUUGACCCAGGAAGACUGGAACAAGGUCCUCUACAACGGCAUGGCAUCCACCUCCUCCUGGGCAGCACUCUACUUCAUUGCCCUCAUGACGUUUGGGAAUUACGUUCUCUUCAACCUGCUGGUGGCCAUCCUGGUGGAGGGUUUCCAGACGGAGGAGAUCUCCAAGCGGGAAGAUGCCGGGGGGCAGCUGAGCUGUAUUCAGCUGCCGGGCGACUCGGCGGCGGGGGAUGCGUCCAAAUCCGACUCAGAGGGCGAGCUCUUCCUCCGCAGCCUGGAAGAGGAGGGUGGACUGAAGAAAAACUUGUCAAACCCAGUCUUGGUGGCCCUGAGCGAGCACCCAGAGCUGAAGAAAAGCCUCACCCCACCGCUCAUCAUCCACACUGCAGCCACGCCGAUGCCCAUGCCCAAGAGCGCCGUGUUUGGGGAUGCAGCGCAAGGCUAUGAGUCGCGCCGGGCCAGUGGCGUCUCCAUGGACCCUGCUGCCUACGAGCUCAAAUCCCCGCCCAGCGCCCGCAGCUCCCCGCACAGCCCCUGGAGCGCCGGCAGCAGCUGGCCCAGCCGCCGCUCCAGCUGGAACAGCAUCGGCCGGGCGCCCAGCCUCAAGCGGCGCGGCCAGAGCGGAGAGCGCAGGUCCCUGCUGUCCGGGGAGGGCAAGGAGAGCUCAGAAGACGGGGAGAGCUCGGAUGAGGAGCAUUCCAGCCGGGCCGGCAGCGUCAACGGCUCCUUACAUCAUCGCAUGGAGUCGCUGGAAGCAAAGGGCUCCUUUGACCUCCAGGACACCCUGCAGGUGCCUUCGCUGUAUCGGACCGGCAGCGUGCACAGCAGUCGCACCUCUGCCUCCGAGCACCAGGACUGCAAUGGGAAAACCUCUCCCGGCCUACUGGUCCAUCAGCUCCACCUGGACGACCCUCGGCCAGACUGCGACGAUGCUGAUGAUGAAGGCAACAUGAGCAAAAGGGACCGCAUGAAGGCCUGGGUACGGGCACAUCUCCCCACCUGCUGCAAGGAGAGGGAAUCCUGGUCCAUCUAUGUCUUCGCUCCUCAUUCCAGGUUCCGUCUGAUGUGCAAUAAAAUCAUCACGCACAAGAUGUUUGAUCACAUCGUUUUGGUGAUCAUCUUCCUCAACUGCAUCACCAUCGCCAUGGAACGACCCAAAAUCGAGCCUCACAGCGCCGAACGGAUCUUCCUAACGCUCUCUAACUACAUCUUCACAGUGAUCUUCCUGACUGAGAUGACAGUUAAGGUGGUUGCACUGGGAUUGUGUUUUGGGGAGAAAGCCUACCUGAAGAGCAGCUGGAACGUUCUGGAUGGGGUGCUGGUCCUCAUCUCUGUCAUCGACAUCCUCGUCUCGAUGGUGUCAGACAGCGGCACGAAAAUCCUGGGGAUGCUGAGGGUGCUGAGGCUGCUGAGGACACUGCGGCCCUUAAGAGUCAUUAGUCGAGCCCAAGGACUGAAGCUGGUGGUGGAGACACUCAUGUCAUCCCUGAAGCCCAUUGGGAACAUUGUGGUCAUCUGCUGUGCCUUUUUCAUAAUCUUUGGGAUCCUGGGAGUUCAGCUUUUCAAAGGCAAGUUUUUUAUCUGCCAGGGGGAGGACACCAGAAACAUCACAAAUAAAUCGGAUUGUGCAGAAGCAAGCUACAAAUGGGUCCGGCACAAGUAUAAUUUUGAUAAUCUCGGCCAGGCCCUGAUGUCUCUCUUCGUGCUGGCCUCCAAGGAUGGCUGGGUGGAUAUCAUGUACGACGGCCUGGAUGCAGUGGGAGUUGACCAGCAGCCAGUCAUGAACUACAACCCGUGGAUGCUCCUCUACUUUAUCUCCUUCCUGCUCAUCGUGGCCUUCUUCGUGCUCAACAUGUUCGUGGGGGUCGUGGUGGAGAACUUCCACAAGUGUCGGCAGCACCAGGAGGAAGAAGAAGCCAAGAGGAGGGAGGAGAAGAGGCUUCGCCGGCUGGAGAAAAAGAGAAGGAAUCUAAUGCUGGAUGAUGUGUUAAUGGAGAGCACAGCCAGCGCGGUGCCAGAAGCACAGUGCAAGCCCUACUAUUCGGAUUACUCCCGCUUCCGCUUCCUGAUCCACCAGAUGUGCACCAGCCAUUACCUGGAUUUGUUCAUCACCGGCGUCAUCGGCCUCAACGUGAUCACCAUGGCCAUGGAGCACUACCAGCAGCCCAAGGUUCUCGACGAAGCCCUGAAGAUUUGCAAUUACAUCUUCACCGUUAUCUUUGUCCUGGAGUCUGUUUCCAAGCUCAUUGCCUUCGGGUUCCGUCGCUUCUUCCAAGACAGAUGGAACCAAUUAGAUCUGGCAAUUGUGCUGCUGUCUAUCAUGGGUAUCACUUUGGAAGAGAUUGAGGUGAAUGCUUCGCUCCCAAUUAACCCCACUAUUAUCCGAAUCAUGAGGGUUCUCAGGAUUGCUCGAGUGCUGAAGCUGCUGAAGAUGGCUGUAGGGAUGAGGGCUCUGCUGGACACCGUGAUGCAAGCGCUGCCCCAGGUGGGGAAUCUGGGUCUUCUCUUCAUGUUGUUGUUUUUCAUAUUUGCAGCUCUUGGAGUGGAGCUCUUUGGCGACCUGGAGUGUGAUGACACACACCCCUGUGAGGGGCUGGGCCGACACGCCACCUUCCGCAACUUCGGGAUGGCCUUCCUCACCCUGUUCCGCGUCUCCACGGGGGACAACUGGAACGGGAUAAUGAAGGACACCCUGCGAGACUGCGAUCAGGAAUCCACCUGCUACAACACCGUCAUCUCGCCCAUCUACUUCGUCUCCUUCGUGCUGACGGCCCAGUUUGUCCUGGUGAAUGUGGUGAUAGCCGUGCUCAUGAAGCACCUGGAGGAGAGCAACAAGGAGGCUAAAGAGGAGGCAGAGCUCGAGGCAGAACUGGAGAUGGAGAUGAAGACCAUCAGCCCUGGCCAGCACAGCCCCUCGGACAUCUUCACGUGGAUGGGCGGCGUUGGUGGCGAGAGGCCCGAGAGCCCCCAUGGAUGCCCCCAUCCCCUGCAAAUCAAGGAAAGGCACUUGUUUGAUACCAUAUCCCUGCUGAUCCAGGAGUCUCUGGAAGGAGAGCUGAAGCUGAUGGACAACCUGUCAGGCUCUGUGUGCCAUCACUAUGCCCUCCCUGCUCCCGAGUAUUACAACUCUGAGAACCAGGCCGAGCUGCGCUGCAGGGACGCCGCGCUGACGCCGUCCCCCUGCCAGGACCUGCUGAGCGUCAGGAAGCCGUCGGUGGGCCGCACGCACUCCCUGCCCAACGACAGCUACAUGUUCCACGCGGCCCAGCCGCGCUGCCGGCCCAGCAUCACCUCCCUGCGCCACGGCAGCCCGGCGCAGCGCAAAGCGCACUCAGGUUCAAAGGCGUCGGUGCAGUCGCAGCCAGCAGACACCAGCUCUCUCCUGCAAAUUCCAAAAGACCAUUUCCACCACGUGAGAGCUCGCGAUCCAUUGGUCAGGGAGGGAAAAGCCCCGGCGGCCGCCCCCAUGCACUCCCCUUCUGCAGAGAGGCUGCUCCGCAGGCAGAUGGCCAUAAGGAACGACUCUUCGGACAGCAAGGAGAACCUCCCCGCCGAGCUGAGUGAGCUCCCCGACCCCGAUAUCCCCAGCACGCCCCAGGAGGAGUCACCAGCUGCUCCGACCCCCUCAGAAGGAGAAGAUUUGGCUGCGUGGAGCCGGGCAAGCAUUCACACACAGCAGCAUUCCCACAAUCAAUAUAACGUUUCAAAGCAGGCACCAGCAUCGUGUGCUCGUGCGGACUCUUAUCAGGAGACGCCUGGAGACUCAGUGGACCAAGAAGUGUCUGAAACAAACAGCUCCUCGGAGCCCUUCCCUUCUGAAACUUGCACAGCCUCGAGUGCCUGUUCAGAGGCACAGCCUCUCACUCCUAAGAGGAGCAUUGGCAAUACCGGCAGUGUUACGUUGAAGGACCUGAAGAAAUACCACAGUGUUGACACCCAAGGUCUUCUAAAAAAACCACCCUCUUGGUUGGAUGAUCAAAGGAGACAUUCGAUAGAAAUCUGCUCCAUGGAAAACAGCCCUGAGCACCAUUCCACAUCUAGCUCCUCUGGCUUCAUAAGUCAAGUGGUAAGUGAAAUGGAAGGCUUGCAAGGAACUCGGCAGAAGAAAAAACUGAGUCCUCCGUGUAUAUCUAUAGACCCACCCAGCGAACAAGGCUUGCUGCCCAGAGGACCUCACAGCAUCUCACCUGCCGGAGGAGACACCUGCCUGAGGCGGCGCGCUCCGUCCUGCGAUUCCAAGGACUCGAUGGAUAUUGGGGAUUCGUUGCUUCCAGACAGCAUGUCAGCAUCUCCUACCCCAAAGAAAGACUUGUUGACACUUCCUAGCUUUUCCUUUGAUCAGAAGGAGAUGGAGCCCUGAGUUACUUUUCUGUUGGUGCCAAAUGUUUUCUUCCUGUCAUGUAAUAGAAAAACAAAUCAGAAAAAAGGAAAACAAACGAAAAAAGAACUGUAUUCCAAAAUGGCACUGGGUAAAAUAUUUCCAAAGAAGGAUUAAAGAACCAGCUGGUUAAAGGAGGGGUUAACCUAUAUCACGCUUACUUAAGCAUACGUUCUGCUUAGGUAAAAGCAAUACAAUGUGCAGAAUCUAUAUGUAUAUUAUAUUUUAUUAAAUUAAUUGAAUCUAGUAUUGCGAGAUGUAGUACAUUUUGUGACUAAAGACUCGUUUGAUUUUCCUCUAUUUUAUGUGUCUCAGAAUAUUUCUGAGAUCAAGUGGGUUUAUAUGAACAUUUUAACCUUAAAAAUAUAUAUUUGAUCCCUUCUCUUUUUUUUCUUUUGUUUCGUUUGGGUUUCAUUUUGUUUUGCAAAGCACAAAAUGUAGCCAAUUAGUGCAUUACGGAGGAAACGUAUCCUACAGUCAGCAGUAAAUAAGAAUUAUUUAAUGUAAUUUAUUUUUCCCCUUGGACUCGAGUCAUUUUCUGGAGAACACAAAAAUGCGGUAGCGUUCUUUUCUGACAAAAUGAAUUCCCACUCUUGCAUAAAAUCGGCAUCCAGAGGAAAAGCAAGUGCACGAAGCAGGAGCGUGCAGCGCCGA